UUGACUGGGUGUGCACUCCAAUGGUGUUAAUCGCCGCUCCAACUUGAAGACAGAAGUGAGUUUCUCCCUUUGGAGUGGAGCGUGACUUUUCGUUGGAGCGGAGAGCCACUCCCGUGCUUGGAGCGGCUGGGCACACCAAAUGGAGCGAUCGAUCGCUCUAAAGGCGGCGAAUUCUGACAACAUUGAAGCGGUCGUUUCUGUUCAACUGGCAAAUGAAAAUGGAAAAGGACGCCAAAACGACGCUGCCCUGUCUGCUACCUGCUACCCCUACCCCCACCCGCCAUCACUGCGCUUCUAUCACACUGCACCGCGUUAGCUGGAGUCACCUCAUGCUCCCGUUGAAGUGAUUCGUAUGAUCAAUCCUCUUUGGCGUCAAAAAAGGAACUGUAGGAGAUGGAGUCAACCGAUUAUGACUCUAAUUGGGAGCCAAAAUGUGACUCCCAUGGAAAGAGUCAAGCUUCUGACUUCAACGGACAGAUAUCAUGACUCCAUCGUAGUUAAUAUAGCAGUCGCUCCAGAGUUGGAGUUUAAUUUUCGCUCCAAGAAAUUUAGAGAAAACAUGACUGACUAUACGACCAUUUUAACUGACAUAAAAUUUCCAAGUGAUUGGCUGUACCUAGCAGGCAGUGAUGUGACAAUGACCGUACUCCGACCACAUCAUCUUACAAAUAAAUUAAGUUUCAUUAUUAAAGAAACUCGUCAAGACCCGGUACGCUGGUACGCUGGUACGCGGAAAACCAACAACCUGAUCAAACAGAGGAACACAUUUUCAAUCACACCAUUCGCAAAACUGAAAAUAAUACUAUAUACUAUGAUACUAAGUAUAUUAAAUAUAAUAAUAUUAUAUACUAUUUUAUAA